AUGAUUUCAAGGCGUUUUAUUUUGAGAAGAUUGAAUCAUCCAUUUUCGUUUUCAAUACUUUUGUUGUUUGGUACCUUUGUGCGGGCUCUACAAAAGGGAAAUAACUUGGUACACGAAUUUUGUGAUCAGACCUUUUUGCAGAUUCGUACAAGUUUCGCUGUAAGACUGGCGUACUCGUGCGAGGAACAGCCUGAGGUCCAUUUUCCCCGCAGGUGUAUGGAGGUUCACUCAAGGAAGUUGAGUUUCGCAUCAGUUCGACUGAACGACCUCUCUGACGACUAUGGCUUCGGUGACGAUCUUGAUUUAACUAUUGUUGACGACGAAGCGGUGGAGGAAGCUCAAGAAGCCGGCUCUGCAGUGCUUAACGCUGAGAAUGAAUGA